CUGCUCAGCUUUCCCCCAAGUUUCACGAGUGUUUCCUGCUGUGGUACAAAGUCAUUCUCCUGAGGAGUUGCACCACAAGCCAAGCCGCUCAUCAUUCGCCUAGGCCCGGAUCCAAGUCUGUUGCCUCGCCAUCGACUGAUUGCUCCAUCUGCAGACCAUGGAACCGCUGCCUUGCUUGCAUUCACUCUUUGCUUGCAUAGCGGCACGUCUUAUCACGGACAAAUCCACCUAGUGGACUCUCAUCACUUGUCGCAUGUAGCCAUGCUCAUCACGGACGUCUGUAUAGGACACGUACGUUGCUCGCAUGGGGACGUCGUAGCUAGCGAGUCCAUCAAUGCGGUUGAGCCAUCUAAAGUGCUAAGCCCUAGACUCACACUCACGCUAAUCCCUGCCACGGGAGUCCUUCCCCGCCUCGCGUGCACCACCUCAUCCACGCUAAUCACCUCACAAAGAUCGACGUUGAAGAAACGUUGCGCCAAUCAGCCCAGGUGCUGCAUUCGCAAUGUUUGGCUCGCAGCGGGCGGCAGCUUUGACCCACCUGUCUCUUGCAAGCUUCCUCACGUCCCUGUGGCGAGUUUCGCCGUCAGUUGUUCGCUUAGGCAUGUACGCGUGCCUGCACGACAUCGAAGGAUCGAAGCUUUGAGAUGCACAACACUCCCGACCUGGCUAGGUCGAAGCAAUCCGCUCAAAUGUAGUCGUCGGAAGACACUGGAAGCUCGAGCCUGCUAAUCUCACAAAAGGUCAAGUGCCUGCUGGCCUUGACGCAACUGACUCACGCUUCGAGGAUGCUCAAUAGCAGAUACCAUGUCUUGGGCGAGACGG